AACUAGUUCUAGAAGCUAGACCUACUGUGGUUUGUCACCGUUAGCCAGUGGGGCCCCUGUGGGCUCCUUCGAUUCGACCCAAACUGGACAUCAUCCCAUUCACCAAGUGUGAUUUUCUCCUUCAUCUCUUCUCGCGAAACCACGGCAACCGCGGAAACGCGCAUUCAGAGAACCUGACUGCGCGCCUCGUCAACUUCUCCAUGAAACUCCGGUAGCGCCCCUCAAGGUUCAAGGUUGUGUCUGGACCCUCAAUGCGGACUACCAGCAUGCGGGCUCCCUAAGACAGAAGAAAUGUCGCCUCCAAAACCAAAACCCGACAAAUCUCCAUCACCACGGCCAAAGACCCCCAAGAUCACCCCUACAAACUCCAAGAAUGGCGCGCCGACAACCUCACCGACCAAGUCGGCCACGGCGCCGGGAGCCACCACUCCCAAGAGUGUGCCGAUACCUACCAAUAGCGGCCUGUCACAGCAAAAGAAGAAGCCCGAACUGAAGAAGCCCGAACCGAGUCUUCUGGGUGAUUUCUUGCUCGGUCGACCAUCUCCGCAGCGCGUAGCCGCCCAGCGCUCAGCCUCGAUAAAGCGACGAAAGACCAUGUCCAUGGAUGCUCAGAAUGUUCGAGAGGAGCUACGCCAAGAGAUGCGCGCCGCAGCUGUACGGAAGCUACAACAACCAGGUGGUGUUCGGGAUCGGGUCAAGGCAUGGCAAAAGGCGUCACAGGCAGCGGUCAAGGCAGAGGGCCUUCCUAUCCCGGUAGCAGAAGAUGCGGGAAGCGAACCGACCGAGUUCGCUGUUAACCUGAGCGGCGAUGACGUGGAUGAGGAGGACAGAAUGAGGAUCAAGUGGCGGCAGAAACCCAAGAAGAAGAAACCAAAAGUCGAGACGGUGGAACCCAAGGGUGUGAGUGGGAGUGAUAGCACUGCAAAGGAAAAGAAGAAGGUGCCAGGGAAAUUAGCCGACGACAGGCCCGAUGUCAUUGUGAAGGAGGCGCGACCAAGGCCCGGGUUGCCGAAGAAGAGGAUCAUAAGCGAUGACCACUGGAUGAAGAAGCAGCAAAAGGGAAAAGGGCCUGCAGAAAAUCCGAUACCUGAAGCAGGCCAACCGAUACCGAAAGACUUUCUCAAACGAACGGCGCAAAAUCCCUCGGUACAAAAGAAGAUUAGAGAUUGGGCUCAGAGGGUAGAGCUCCCGCCGCCCCCACCACCGGUUACAAAGCGCCCAACGGUCAAGAAGUAUCGACAUGCCAAGACCGGUGAGACGGUCACGGUUGAGGAGGAGGAGGACGACGAUCAUCACCGCGGGGCACUGUCGGAACCAGAUAUGCCUCGUAGGAAGCGCUCUUCGUCUGGCGAACGUAGGAGGGCAAGCCCAAAGCCAAGGACGCAACAGCGUCCACCCGAUGAUGGAAUUAGGGUACGUCCGUUGCGGACACGGGGCUCCAAUGAUGAUGGUAUCAGGGUCCGCCCCGUGAAGCCCGCCCGCUCACUGCCAGACGUUCGCCCUGGUCCUCCUGUCUCUGCCGACAGCAGCAGCGGGUCUACUUCUACAUCUAGUCCCUCCUCUUCGUCCGGACGGACACCGAGUGAUCGGCCCGGUAGCAGAACACCGCCCAGAAGGGCUUCACCUCCUCUUAGAAGAGCCUCAACUCCGCCGCGAAGAGCUUCAACCCCGCCUAGAAAAGCAUCGACUCCCAAGCCAAGAGCGCGUAGUGAUCACUCGGCUGCUUCUGACGAUGUGAUAGAAGUCAUUGUUGAACCUGAAAGCGAAGCGUCAUCUCCGAGGAGCCCGAGUCCUCCGCCGAAGAGAAGGCUAAGAAGUCCUCCUCCUCCAAAGAGGAAGUCGCCAAGAAGAAGGGGUUCCCGUGGUGGUGUGCGAAGAAAGCCGAAGCGAAGAAGUCCUAGCCCACCAACUACUGCCACGCAAACAGAAACUACAACGGAUGACAGGCGACCGGGCGCUGACAAACCAAGGCCUGCUCCUAGGAAUGGUGUAUCAUCCGGAGAGGAUUCUGACCGGCGCCCACCAACUGCCGCUGGCAUUGAUGAUUUGGCAGAGAUUCCGUUUGGCUUUUCGGCGUUUAGUGAACUGGACCUCCCGUUGAGGGGGAAUCCCGGAGGAACACAUGCCCGGCAAAGUGCGAAACCUAAGCCGAAACCUCAGAGGAAUGAAAGCCUCAAGCUAGUACCGAAUGUUCUCAAGAAGGUUAUGACCGGCGCCAUGGAGAAGAUGCAGGAGAUGGCGCAGGAGAUGGCGGAACCGCCGAGGCCUCCUCCUACGGGGAACAAGCCCGCUAGGAUCGAAUCUUGGUUGAACAACACGGUUGACCCUUUCGUAGAGGGUAUGCCAAACCUACCACCAGUUGUUGCCCCCGAACCCCUACGAGUCUCGACCCCUGCGCGCAAUUCCAAGGAGAAGUUGGUCGACAGAGAUUUGCCGGCUCACAAGGAACGGGCUCCCGAGAUUUCCAAGCGCGCUUCAGCAGAGCAACCGCGCAGGAAAGAGAGACCUCAGACUCCGGUAACCCAUGAAGAGCCAAGGAAGGCUUCAGAAACUCGAUCGGACGAUAGCGAAGUAACUCCCAAGAGGAGAAAGAGUCCUACAACCACCCCUGAUUCAGCGGCCGUGUUGAAAAGACGCUCGACUCCUAGGAGCCCGACGUUGCCACGGAGGAGCAGUGGCCCCGUGAAAAAGCCCUUCCGGGAUGUGUUGAAGGAGGCCUUCAAGGGUGAAUCCAGUGCGCACAAGAUAGCUCCUAUGGUAUAUCCCAGCUGCGAGACAGACGUUGAGUCUGAACCAGAGACUGAGGAUGACUUGGAGUCCAAGAGAAGCCCACCGCAGCAGCGCUCCCCUGACUCGUACAAGAGAAGAUCAGCAUCUCCAGAUCGCCCUUCCACAGCUGAUUCCUAUUCCUCAUCAGAACCUAGCACGCGGGGUCCCCCACGCAGAAGACGGCCAACGAGUGGCGCUCAUGAUCUAUCCACCAUACUAUCUGAGGACUCCCGCGAAGAUCAGGAACCACAUGGCAAGAAGGAUACGGAUAGCGUCUCCACUGUUUCCCAGUCCACCGUGACACAGACUCCCGAAGAGGCGUUCGGCCAGCCGACACCCCUCACCAGAGAAGCGAGUCAACAGUCACAAAACUCCCAAAGAUCCCGCAAGUCUGGCAGCUUGAAGCGCCGACUUACUACUAAGCACUCUGAUUUGGUAUCAGUGCUCUCACUUCCCGACGAUGGCCAGCUGGUCCCACCCAGCCGCUCAAGAAGCAUCAAGGCCUCGCGCAGCCUUCAUAGAAAGCCUAGUAAGGCUAACGACAGCAGGGUCAAGGAUCUGCUAGAGGAGUUUGCCGAUGAUGAGCACUUCUAUCACCGAGAACUCAAGACCUUGGUCGACGGUGUCGUCCCCGUGCUUUUGAACGAGUUUGUCCAUGGAGACGAUGUGGACGAUGCCGAUCGCAAAACAGACAGCAUGGCCAAGGCUGUGGUAAAUAUGGGCGUCGCUCUCGAGAAGAUGUGGACUUACCAUAAGCGCGCUCCUCUGCAUGAUAUUCGGAGGCUUCUUGAAUGGCUUGAGGCCGUCUCGCCAGUUUAUAAUAACUAUCUCGACGUAUGGCGAUUGGGAUUCCAGGAUCUCCUUGUCAAUCUCGCACCAGCCAGCGGGAGGGUCGACGAGAAUGACUCGCUCCUGAAUGCGCUACCUCGCAACGAGGACGGCGAUGUGCUCAGCUACAACGGUGAACGGGUGGAUGUUGCGUACUUGUUGAAGCGGCCCCUGAUCCGAAUAAAGUGGAUGUACAAGUUUCUCCGGGCGGCUGUUAUGGUCAUCAAGACUCCAGAAACCGAGGACUUGCUCAAAUUGUACGGCAACCUCCAGGAGAAGGCCCGUACACGGCAUCGCGAGGAGUUUGCUCGCCUGACCGAUGAGGACGCCAACAACACCGACACAACCCGCGCCAGAGACCUUCGCAACCUACGACCACUGGACAGCGUUCGAAUCGACCCGACCAGGCAAGUGGCAGCUAAAGACUCCUUUGAGAUGGAUCUUGACCACUCGAGCGGCCAACGACUUGAGUGCCAAAUCGAACUCAUGCAGCGAGACAGGGUCAACGUUCCUUCUGACAUGGGUGAUAUCCUCAUCCGUGACAUCAGCAACAAGGCCAAGCCAUGGCUGCUUUUCCCGCCUGUUCCAAGGCAGUACAUCUCGGCAAGAAAAGGCGAGAGUCCCAGGAGCAUGAUUGUCAUGAUCCGCGGUAGACAUAACGGCGACGAGUGGUAUGAGCUGAUCAAGCUGUCCACUACCGAAGAGGCCCAGACCACGGACUGGCUGGAUAUUUUGGGUAGCGACCCUAUGCCUCCCCUCUCACGACCUAAGCCGAGGAUGAGCAUGAGCCUUAUCCAGGUCAGCUCACCAAAAGCGGACGACCUCGACGUCCCGAUUGGUGAACCUAGCGUUAUUGGCGCGUCUGAUGAUGAAUCCAAGACGCCUAGCCGAUAUCAUAAGCGGCAAGCCAGCGCUCCAGUUACCUCAUACCCGGCACCAAAUAAGCACAUCCCGUACAGCGAGUCUGUGGAUAUCUUCAGAUCUCAGCCGCUUACGCCAGCUUACGGAAUCGAACCUGUGCCUAUUCCUCGGCCCCUCAACAUCAAGGGUGCAGCUCCCGUUCAACCUCCGGUGGAGCUUGCUCCUUCGACCCGGGUGAAGAGGCGCACAUCCUCUCCGCUCAAGCACGAGUAUCACCCAUCUGAUACCGAUUCGGAGACUGAAGACUCCGCCCUCAGCGACUCUGAAUCAUCUUCAUCCUCCAGUGAUGAGCUGGACGAGAAUGAUGUUCCUGAUACGAUCCCAGGUUAUAGCAUCAAGCAGCCUUUGCCUCAGAUUGUUGAAGAGUCUGUCGUCUCAGACAACACCAUAGCACCAUCACAGUCAGCUUCUCAGGUUGGAGCGCCUCAUCCAGGGCAGCAAACACCGCGAGAGAGGCCUGUGCAGAGCUUCGUUGCAUCAGUUUCAUUCUGGUCCAACAGAAAGGGUAUUUGGAGGGAGAUCAACACCGAACCCUCGCGCAUUCUGAUCUUCCCCGGAAGUAUGGAGGUACAUAUGCUCCACGAAAACCCCGAGAACAAGCAGGCAUACCCUCUGCAGGCCUCUGGCACGUCCGAGGUCGACAUGGCGAACAGAGAGGCUGGAGGCAUUGUCCCUCUCAUCUGCCUCGUCCUCACGCCAGUGGUCAUGAUCCGCCGUAGUACGGCGCUUGACCUCGAGGUCCGCAGCCGCGUAUCUCCCGAGUCUCGCCUCAGCAGCAUUGACAGCGGCAUGUUCCGCUUCCGCGCCGCGAGCCAGGAUGAAGCGAAGGCCCUGUACGAGGCGGUGCACCAAAGCCGGCUGAACAAUGCUAGGUACAUUCAGCUUGCCGAGGAGGCACGCGUCCGUUCCUUUGGGCAACAAGUAUAUAACGAUUCUGGCGCCGGUAGCGCCGACGGCACUGAAACCUCCAGUCGUCGGAAGGGCAUCUUUGGCCGCAAGAACAGUUAUCGCGCAUCCACUCGCGCGCCCAGCCAACACAGCAACGCAACAACCAGCGUCUCGGCCAUAAGCUUCUUGCGUCGCUUGCUCGGCGGCGAGAACAAGUCGUUCAACAUCGGCAAGUCCACCGUCGACAAGCAAUCCCGCCCCGGCUCCAUCGCCGGAAGCGGCGGUGCCCACGGCGGCGGCGGCAGCGGCAGCCUGUACUCCAGCGGCUACUCCUCCGGUACCGGCGGCAAUGACUCCUCAACACCGCCGCGAAGCGCAUCCGCCUCCGCCUCCGGCUCCGGCAGCCGCUCCCCCAGCCGCUGGAGCACCGGUCUCGCCAAGCCCUUCACCCCGGGCCAACCGCUCGAGAUCCGCUGCCACUUGAACGUGCAAAACAACCGCUGGGCCGACAAGGGCGACUGCAUCUUGCACAUCGGCCGUCCUCCCCCCGGAGUCCGUCAGGAGCUAUCACUCUACCACGGCCUAGAGAAGCGUAUCAUCGUGACGCACGCCACCAAGAAGGUUUCCGACAAGCCACUCAUUUUGUUAGAUGCCGUGCUGGGAUCCAAAUCCUUCAGCAUGCUGGGAACAAAGGGCAUCAUGUGCAGCGUCUGGGAAAACCUGCGCGACGAAGAAGGAAACGUCGGCUUGGCGCCCCGCACGGGAACGGUCGCCGGCAGGGUGACCAAGUGGUGCUUCCAGUGCAAGAGCGUGCAGCAGGCCAACUGGAUCUUUGGCAUGGUCACGAGCGAGGUGGAGGGGUUGAUGCUCUAGGCGAUGCGUCAUCCCCCGAAUCCGACGAAUCUGGAUCUGGAGCCUGUGUUGGAAGGUAUUAUGGAAGGAAGUGUUGGGGAGAGCAGUAGUGGAAGUGGAAGUGGAGGCGGCAACGGGAGUAGUGGGAGUACAGGUAGUAGCAAUGGGUAUUAUGGCUACAUGCCAACACCAUCAAUUAUACUGCGAGAUGAAAGAAGAAGGGAGAUGU